AUGAGCGACCGAAUCCGUCGACGUCGUCUCGAAGUGGUCAACAUUGGCGCGUCGCAAGUCCGACGUGCCCAGGGCGGACUCUCGCCAGCUUCCCGCAUUCGAAUCGCCGCCGACGCGCAUCGUCACUCGACGUCCGACGACGAUUCGGGAUGCGCGCUCGACGAGUACGCGUGGGUUCCGAGCGGUUUGAAACCGAAUAUGGUGCGUCGUUUUUCGAGUGCUGACCAAUUAUCUUGUACUAAACCUGUAGAACAGAUGUUUUCCUCUUUUUCCUUUUCCUCCGUUUCAAAUCCAUGUCUUUCAGGUCCACGCCUACUUUGCAUGUCUUCCGGAGAACAAGGUGCCGUUCAUAGGAUCGGCUGGUGAAAAAUGGCGCCAGAGACAGUCGAGAUAUCAGCUUCCGCCGCAGGAUUCGGACGUUCGGUACUGUGAAGAUUUGAAUGCGGAAGAGGCGGACACUCUACGAAUGUUCGAACGGACCCGAAAGUCCGAGUGUCUGGGCAGUGGAGUCAUACAAUACGCGCCGUACGAUGGCAAGUGUGAAAAGGUGACGUUCCGAGGAUAUUUUACUAGAAUUAACAUCAUCUUCAAAUUCUUUGGGCUAUGGGCUCAAACUUGAUCCGAUCUGUACCAAACUUGGACAUUGUGUGAUGCUCAUAAAGUUUUACCAGCUCAUCAACUGAAACUGAAACGUCUUUUCGCAACUCCUUGAAUUGGCACGGAUCGGUUCAGCAGAUCCCCGCCAUUUUCGGCACACGAACCAUUCGGACCCGUCUGACUCGAUGCCUUCAACCGUAAAUCAAACACGUUCCCAUUAACACCACCCUCUUCAUCUUUGCGCCUUGCCCCCCCCCACACACACACACACACAAAAAGCCAUAAAUCUUUAGACGCGGUAUUUCCGCGCUCGCUCGCGCGCUCAUCAUCGGCUUCUCUUUUUUGUCUUGCCGCUCAAAGCCAGCCACUUGAGCAUAAACAAUGCAGGAAAUUGGAGAACGGAGGAAAGGUCAUGCUCAUUAUAGAAAGAGGAAAGAGUGCGUGCGCGAAAAAAGGGUUGUAAAGGAACACAGGUGUUCGUUCAAGGACAUGGGAAGGCGAAGUUUUGAAGCCGAAAUUGGUAUUGGUAACAAAUGUAUUUACGUCACCAAUUAUCGCUUCUCCAUGGUGCAUCCAUCUUAUAGGCUAGUAGUCCCCCCCCUCCCCCACUAAUUAUGCAUCGUUACAUGUUUAUUAAUAGGCUUUCAAUGUCAUUGUUUGGAGCCACAUGGAUUGCUGCUCUGGUUUUGGAGAUGUGAAAGCCUGGCAACAAGUCUUGCACUGUCAAUGAAACCGUAUAAGCUGGAUAGUCUACAGUAAUCCAACAGAAGGGCUAAUGUUUGUUCUACUAAUAUAUCUAAAUGCCCUUGACCGAGCAGGGCCAGCUCUCAAAGAAGCGGCGACACACACUGUAAUAUACUCGCGCUUCCGCGCAUAAUCUGAUUAGCAGCACCCCCUCCGCUUCUAAUCCGGUCAUGGGUAGAGAGGUAGGUAGAUCAAACACUCUCUUUUGAUCUAUCUGUAUACAACAUGAUUAUAGGGUCGAAAGUCAGAAGCCUAGACACCCCCCGGUGCGCAGAUGGUCCUCACAUGAUACCACGUCAUCAAUCACUUUUCUUCUCUCUCACCCCCCUCGCUUCUUUUUCGCGCAUCCACAUUAGGAACAUCUGCUUCUUCUUCUUCUUCUUCUUGGCGUUCUCAACGUGUCAUGUCCGAUUGUCUUCUUGAAUAGCGUGUCAAGAGGAAGGGGUUUGGAAGGAAAAUGAGUGAUAAUUAUAGGGUGGGGGGGGGGUCCUCACUUGUUACCAGGAGGAUUCUGGCAAGUUGGCUUCAGUUUGGGAUCAACUUUCUGUUUUUCUGUUUCCAAAAGUCUUUCAAUUCUAUGCUACUACUUUUCCAACAUUACACCUUGUACCUUUGCCAAUCCCAUUUGGUUCCUGGUAUUUAUUACAUACCAGAUUAGUAGUGCUUUAAAAAAACGUAAUACCUGUCACAGUUGAGCAACUUUAAUCCUAAUCCUAAACAAACUUAAUGUUUCAUAACUUUUGAUAAACCUUUUUCACUGCCAAUUCUAUCCAUAUUUGCAUAGACACAUGGACACUUGACCGUAUAAUGUUGCUACUUGUCUUGUAAUCCAGUCCGUUUUUGUUUGUUGUCGACCACUAGAAGACACCUGUCAGUUGCCGAACGGUCUGAGCGAUCCAAAAGAUUGUUAGGGUACAAAGGGUCCCGAAAAAAGUGAACCAACAUUUUGGGUCGUGUGACAGACUGGAGUGACAUUUAAUUUGUGCAAAUGUGCCCAGAUCUUAUCGGUAUGGAGAAGAACACAAAUUAGCAAUUUAGAGGGGAAAAGAUUUAAUCUGGGAAAGCGAUUAUAUAGAAUUCAACAAUUUCAGUGUCCGAAACGUCUGGAAGAGGGCGAAAUAUGUGUGAUGGCCGCGCGUACCGGAAAACGAUAUCAUCCGGCGUGUUUUCGAUGCCAAACCUGCGAUGCGCUUCUCGUCGAUCUGAUUUACUUUGCACACGAGAAUCAGGUGAGUGUUUUUUUUUAAAGUUGACUUUUCUCGGCUCUAAGUGGACCAAUUUGCACCAAAAUUGAAAUUUAGACCCUAUUGGGUGUAGAGAUGAUGCGCAUGAAUUUUGGUACGGAUCGGUAAAGUUUGAAGCGUACUUUACUUUACUAGAACAUCCUCCGCUUGCGCUCUAAAUGUAUACGCCUUGAGAGCCAUGAAGCCACUUUGACCCGCGUGGCGCAGUGGUAGAGCCCCCAAAUAGUAGGACAACUUUUGCUUUGGUUCGACCCCUCAUAAGCUAAAACUUCUUUUGCUCUUCUUCUUUUACGUUUCUUUUUUUCAGAUCUACUGUGGCCGUCACCACGCCGAACAAAUCAAACCGCGAUGUGCAAAGUGUGAUGAGGUUUGUUGCGCAAAACAUUUUUACGGCCCUUACACUUUCAGCAGUCUUGUAAAGCGAACUGAAACAUGUGGUGUUUUAUGAUUCUACUACAUUGAGAAGCGAGAGAAUGAAAAUGAAAAUGUUUGCGAAAAAAGGGAUCUUUUCGGGGUUUUUCACGGUUAACUGUAGCCUGUUCAAGUCGCCUCCCGAAAACCCAUAAAAUGCCACUUGACCUACGCGAGAUCUCCUGGAUUUAUGACGCACUGAGAGAAGUAAUAAAAGAGGAAGCGAAUUCCAGAUGUGCCGCGUAUCAAAUUACAAAUUACAAAUUACAAAUGGAAUCGAAUCGAAUCGAAACUUGCAGGUCAUCUUCGGCGACGAAUGUCUCGAAGCCGAGGGACGAUCGUGGCACUUUCAUCACUUUCAGUGCGCGCAAUGCAAUGACGUCCUCGCCGAUCAGAAGUACAUGCAAAAGUGAGUGCAAACGAGAAUAAGUGAGGGGCUAGGAAAACGCGCGCAAGUACUGUUUCGUUAUCAACAAUUAUUGAGUGCGGUCGAGUGAAGAGUGCAGAUUUCAGACGGGUGUGAACCAGAGUUGAGCGGAAGAACUCACGGAAGAAUUUUUAUCUUUUUUAGAAAAUUUUUUCAUGGAAUGUGAUCAACUGACGAAAUGUAUAGCAAAGUGAACUGUGCUCAUAGAAAAAUAAUUGUAAAUUUAACUUUUCAUACAAAAAAGUUGUUUGAGUUGUUGCGUGAAAAUGUCUUUCCGUCUUCUUAGCCCUUUUUUCACGGAACAACUCGAAUAACUUUUUUGUAUGUAAAGCUAAAUUUACAAUUAUUUUUCUAUGAGAACAGUUCACUUUGCUAUACAUUUCGUCAGUUGAUCACAUUCCAUGAAAAAAUUUUCUAAAAAAGAUAAAAAUUAUUCCGUAUUCUUCCGUUGAGUUCUUCCGCUCAACUCUGGUGUGAGCAAUCAAGUCGGACUAACUUUAGAAACGUUUUGGUGUGAAAUGAUCAACUAGAAAGUUGUAGAGCACAACAUUUGCGGUAACGCAAGGCGACCAAAAGUGUAGAGAAGGGGCGUGGCCUAAUCUGUGACGCGUUUUCUGAAAAUUGCCGCAAUUCCAGCACUUUUCCGUUGUUUUUGUGUUUGAUAUCGACGAAUGAAGAGCACAUUAAAGAGAGAAAACAUUGAAAUUUUCGUGAAAACGCCGCCGCGUUUGAGACGUUUUUCGCAUAUUUCGCAAUUUCGGAAUUUUCGUACCGGCCGAUGUGGAUAGUUUUGAGACGAAGUGAGUGUCGGAAGUGAUUAAGCACGUUAAUACAAGUAUUUUUGGCGUUCAAACGGCAAAAAGUAUCGGCGAAUGACUGAAAUUCGCGCAUUUUCAGCACAAAACUUGAAAAUCGAUUCAAUCGAUUCAUUUCUGAAUGAAACCUGCUCGUUUUAAGCUCAAAAAGCGCGCGAUAAUUAAUUUUAAAAAGUUAUGCAAUUACAUCGUCGAAAUCCGUACAAAAUUUGGGUAAUUUUUGACGAAAAACAUGAAAAAUGAGGUUAAAUUUCGAAUUUCGCGCCAAAAUGGCUAGGCCACGCCUCUUUUUACGUUUUUGGUCGCCGUGUAACGUUGUACUUGACAACUUUUCGAUACAAUUAUUGGUUCUCAAGAUAUCGAGCUUCAAAGUUGAGAGUUAUUGAAUAUUUUGCAGAGCGAACAAGCCGGUGUGUCUGAAGUGCUUCCACUCCUCCUCGGCCACAAUCACCUGCACCACUUGCCGGCUCUCGUUCUCCUCCGAAACUCCGCACAUGUCGCAGGGCGAUCUUCAUUGGCACGCCUCCGGACACUGCUUCUGUUGUUGCGUGUGCGCGAAGAAUCUGCUGGGCGUCAAGUAUUCGCGAGUCGGCGAAUCGUUGUACUGCGGAUAUCAGACGUGUGGCGGAGAGGACGAGGAGUUGCUCGACGAGGAUCGACUCGGCUCGCCGAGAAGGGCUCAAAAGUCGACGAGAGUGGUUCGGAUUCCUGCGUCGCCUCGCGUUCUGCCCAGAAGUCAACACAACUUGAGUGCGCAGCUUCAACACUUGAAUCUCAACCUGAAUCUUCAUCCGGGACGUCCGAGGCCUCCGCAAAGAGCCCCACCGCCUCCGCCCUCGGAAAAUAUCUACGAGACCGUGCUCCCAUGCUCUUCGAACAAUAGUCCGAACUUUGAGAAGAAGUACUCGCCGGAGGUACGUUCUUUUAGUUGUAUCAAUCGUAAAAAGUGUGCUUUUUUUUGCAGCUACCAACCUCGCCAUCGCAUCACAAUUACUACUCCAAAACCCCGAACAAACUGUCGACUGGCUAUCCGGACAUGGACGGAUACUCGACGUCAUCUUCCUCGGAUUCUGACGACGAACAAUUGUACAUUGAUAAUAUAAUGGCGGCGGCGUCGUUGAGCAGAGUGAGUAGUACGAACACCUGCCUUCUAAAAGUUAACUGAACUGUGUUCAGGUCCCGGCAAGAAAAGCGAAAAAGUCCGAACCGAUGAUGAUGAUGUCCGGUGGAGGCGUCCGAAUGGCCAAGAAGAAGAAGUCGUCGAGAUGUACCGUUUCGUGA